CAAACUACAGAGUACUUAUGGUGGCUCAUAUAAUGAACUAUCAACAAUCCAGAAGACAAAAGCAACUUAACAACACACACACACACGAAAAGAGAAACAGCAGCAGAUCAACAAUAUACGAUCAAGAGUGAGCCUAAGAGAGAAAAGAGCCAGUGAUGAAAACCAGCAAAGAGGGGGCCACACUCCAGGUGGGGAGCUAUACUGGGCGCUACCGACAGAGAAGAAGGCCCUUUCCCUCCAUUCCUACCAGAGCUGGGCUUCCGAGAGUAGAGCAAGCACCCCCGGGUUCCAAGAGGCGCCAUUUUCACAAAGGCUGCCAUGGCAACUUUGGCUCCCAGAGCCCAGGAGGCCUGUGUCACUGUGAAAGCAAGUGAAGCCAGGACCAACCACUAAAUUCCUAAUAUACCCUAAGGAGGCCCAAGGUGUCAUGGCGACCAUUGUGGGGGUGAUGGGUGCCCCAGGGACACCGGUGCCUUGGCUGGAAGCUGCUUUAAAAGAGAUCUUGAGGGGAACAAGCAGAGGUCGGAGUACCCUCUGGGCCAGCUCCCAGAGAGAGAGUGACAGCCCCUUGGGACGUGAUGCUCCAGGGAGUGCUGUCAUGGAUCCACCAGGUUUGGCAGCAACCAGCAGAAGGGAGGAGGAAGAGGAGGAGGAGCCGGAGAUGUCAGUGUCGCUGAAAUCUUGCUUCAGCCAGGGUUUGAAGCAGCUGCAUCACACCCAUGAACUCUGCAACGCCACCUUAGUAGCUGGAGGGAAGCGCUUUCCUUGCAACAGGGCACUGUUGGCCUCCAUCAGCCCUUACUUCCAGGCUGUGUUUACCAGUGACUUUAAGGAGUCCAGAGAUGGGGAGGUUCUGCUGAGAGACAUGGAUUCCUCCAUCCUCCAGAAUCUGCUAACCUACCUCUACUCAGGAGAGCUGGCCCUCAGUUCAGAGACUGCUGAAGAUCUGUUCACGGUAGCCAGCCGACUCCAGCUCACACCAGCCCUGGAACUCAUCAGCAGAUAUCUAACAGAGAGGAUCUCCAUGGAGAGCUGCCUUCGCCUUUACAUGCUGGCUCAUGACCACAACAGCCCCACCUUGCUGCGCAGCACAUUACGCUACCUGGGCUUCCACUUUAAACCCCUCUUGGAACACAAGGAUUUUCCACAUCUCGACCUCGGUGCUUUGACCUGCAUCAUCUCCUCUGACCAUCUAGCCGUCACCUCUGAAAUGGAUGUCUUCCAGGCUGUGCAGCAGUGGGUGACAGCUGUACCCACAGAGCGCCUUUCGGUCCUCAAGACGCUGCUACGACACAUACGCUUCCCACUCCUGACGCAUGAGGAAAUCGCCCAAGUCCAGGCUGAUGUCAUGACACUUGACCAGCAAGUGGAAUUGCAGUGGGAGGACCUAGAUGGGGCAGGGAGGCUGCAGGUGAGUGGGGGGCUCCGGCAGGGCAUGUUCCAGGAAAAAAUCAUAUGCAUCAAAGUGCCUCGCUUGAGGGACAUUCUCUCCGUCAAUGAAGACAUGGAUUGCUACAUGGAGUGCUUGGAUCCAGCUACGGGAUCAAGGACAAAGCUGCCACCUUUAGAGCUGGUGGCGCUCCCCGGCUGCUCAGUCCUGGAACACAGGCUCUACAUCUCAGGAGGAAAACACCCUGACGGCUCGUAUUCCAAGGCACUGUGCGAGUACAACUCUCUAGCCAACCGCUGGAUCCAGCUCCCUCCCAUGUCAACACCCCGGUCUGUCCACAUAUUUUUAACUUGUAAGCGGAAGCUGUUUGCCCUGAGUGGCUGGAACGACACAGGCCCCCUUGCCUCUGCUGAGAGUUUUGAUGUGGCAAAGCAAACGUGGUCACCCAUUGCCAGUCUGCCCAUCAUUCUGCGGUUCUCCGCCUCUGCCUCACUCAAGAACAAGCUCUAUCUGAUAGGAGGAGAUGCAGAUUCCGAUGAGGUGGUUUACCAGGGCAUCCUUGUCUAUGACAUCUACUUGGAUACCUGGGCACAGGUGCCUCUAGAAUUUAGUCUCCACGGUGCAGCUGCUGUCACCAUGCAGACCGGGAUCUGUGUUGUAGGGGGCUUCUUCUCAGGAAAGAACACACAUUCAUACCCAAACAGUAGAUUUAGCCAGCUUCUUCCUUGUACCUCAACAUGCUUUUUCAUGCACGAGGCUGGUGUCAUAAACAAGGAGGUUACAAUCCCUCCACUGCCGUCGCCUCUUGCCUUCGCUGGUGCCACUUGCUUUCAAGGGAAAGUUUAUGUGAUGGGAGGUGUAUGCACCUCCAAGACGCAUGACGCAAUUUACCACUGGGAGCCUGGGGAAGCCACCUGGACUCAAUACCCAGAGAACCUCACAGGCCAGGGAACUAUUGUGCGGAGGGUGCUAAAAUGUGUGACUCUGAAGGUGGUAAAGCCAAACCUGAGGGCUCUAAUUCAAGAUGCCUCUGCAAGCCGGGUGGCUAUUGGGUUAGCAGAAACUGAGGUCCCCUUCAAAGAAAGGUGGAAGGAUAACCACCCUAAUUGUCCCCCAGAUGGGGUUCCCUUGACAUCUUUGGGAGCUGGAACAUCAUAA